CGUCUCCGCGUUCGUAGCUGUUCCGGUCGAUAGAAAAAGACCUACGCAGCCCAUCAGCGACGGGGAACUCUGCGAUCUGCCGUCGACGGCGAAGGCCAAUGAUGGCCGGAGGCUCAGCCCCCGCUCACUCCUUUCCCAUGGAAGCCGGACACCUCGGCUCCUUCGCCUCCUUCGCCUCCUUCGACCCUGCAGUUCUCUGCUCCAAUCCACCGCCGCCCAUCUGCCUCUCACCCGACCAGCUAAAACAGUGCUCCGAGGCCCUAGCCACCUUCAAGAGGAAGCUCCUGACUCCGGGCAAGAUUGCCCAGGAAUUCGAUCGUAUCCAGGACAUGAGGGUAAGAAAGCUAGACGUGCUAAGAAAAUGUAGAGUUGCUCUUCACGCCGACAAUUUGGCGAAAAAUCGUUAUACAGACAUGAUACCAUAUGACAGCUCAAGGGUUGUACUUAACUUAACUGAAGAGGACAAUCAUUUUAAUGGUGGCUAUAUAAAUGCGAGCUUUAUUACGGCUGGUUUUUCAGAAAAACUCUCAAGGUUUAUUGCUACUCAAGGUCCACUUCCAGAUACCUUUGAGGACUUCUGGGAGAUGGUAAUACAAUAUCGUUGCCCGGCCAUUGUGAUGCUCACUGCAGUGGAUAAUCCAAAGAUGAUGAAAAAGUGUGCUGAUUAUUUUCACGUAGAGAAUGCGACCAGAGAGUUUGGAAAAAUUAUUUUGUCUAACAAAUGGACACAAAGAAGCAAAUCUUCAUUAAUUCUUCGCUGUUUGGAGGUGAAAAAGAAAGAGUCUCAAGAGUCUUCCAUGACUGUUCUGCAUAUUCAAUACGCUGAUUGGCCUGACCAUGGAGUACCUCAAGACACUAUUGUUGUUCGAGAAAUUCUAAAGAGGACAUAUCAUUUUCCUGCUAAUCUUGGUCCUAUCAUUGUGCACUGCAGUGCAGGCAUUGGUCGAACUGGUACAUAUUGUGUGAUUCAUAACACAAUCCAGAGAGUUCUCAUUGGUGAUAUGUCUGCUUUAGAUCUUGCUAAAACUGUUCUUGAUUUUAGAUCACAGCGGAUGGGAAUGGUUCAGACAUUGGAACAAUUCUACUUUUGCUAUGUUGCUGUUGUGGAUGAGUUGGAGGGACUCGUUUCUAAAGCCAACAAUUAGAGUUGCUGAGGAGUUGGAGGGACUUGUUUCUAAAUCCAACUAUCAGGGUUGCUGAAGGUAAUGAUAAUUUUUUAUGAAUAUAUAUGCUCUAUAAAGGCACUUUGGUGCAUAGGAACAAGUAACUAUGUAUUCUAUUGAAGGCAGAGCCCAGGUGGCACUCGGGUUCUUCCUUUUCCUCGCUCGCCCUAUCAUUCCCAAUUUAAACAGGAAAAUCAUAUUAUGUUGUCUCCUGUCAGCCUACCAUUUAUAUAUAGCAUUUCAUCUGUUUGCCUGAAUAGAAAAAGGAACAACUAUAUAAAACAACAUAUGCCAUGGUCUAUUUGAUCUUCAUGUAGUUGUUAUUAAACUUCAUGUUGUACAUGUUAUUCGUUUCUCUGCUACAAAUGUAAGAACUCUCUUU